UAGGGAGACGAGACGCGGAGAUAAGCCCCGCCCCUUGCGGAGCGUCUCGACGCUCAUGGCGAGAACACGGCGAACGGUCGAGCGAGUAAACUCACGCGUUUUGGGCGACGCGAAAAAUCGCUUGGCUUUUGGUGUGAACGCACCUUAAGCUUUAAGGACCUGAAGAUAAAGAUCGAUAGAUAAAUAGAUAGAUAGAUAAAGAUAGAUAGAUAAAUAAAGACCUGCUCAGAUAUCGGAGAGUAUUGGCUAAAAGGAAAGUGUCUUCUGUCUUUUGGAAUAGUUCCCCUUCUCUUUGGCGAGGACGCCAUGCUCCCAGCAUAAUGUCAACGAAAGUUGCAAUUCAGAAGUUCUCCUUCCCGUUCUCCUGCGCCGCUCGCCUUUCUCAGCACGAUGAGGCGACGCAGCCGGGAUGCGUCCAGCUGAAGGCCUCGGGGCUCCGUGACCUCCGGGAGAAUCGGAUUUUAGGCGACGCGAGCCCCGUCGCUAUUAUAGAAACUGUGGUACAGAAUGAGAAGCGGGCCCAGGGGGGUCCGGAGCCUCCCCCCGGGGGGGUCACGGCGGCGGCCCGGCUCCUAGUCGGCGCCGGCGCCUCCCAGAAGCUGUCGGUCGAGGGCGAGGACCAGCGGCCCGUGGCCAAGAGGCAGCUGUCGUCCGAGAGCGCCGCCAGGACCGUCACCGCGGUGAAGAAGAGCGCCGUGAGGAAGGAGGGGGAGGAGCACGGGCCGCCGAAGCCGAAAGAGAGAGCGCCCCCUCUGGCGGCGGCGGGGAAGCGGAGGCGUCGGAAGGACCUGUUCACCAACUCGGAAGUCUUCAACCGGGUGGACUCUCACGUCGUCAGGGCCGGAGCAGAGCUGAAGGAGAAGUGUGUGUACGACGUGAAGACGAUCGUGCAGAGCGUCACACACGGAGCCAGAAAUGAGCUGGAGAGGCUUCGUGCCAUCUGGAGCUGGCUGUGCCAAAACAUCGAGUACGAUGUGGGUGGGUACCUCGGCCGCUCGGAGAAGCUGACCUCCCCGGAGGAGGUGAUCGCCGCCGGCCGGGGCGUCUGCUGCGGCUACUCCAGCCUCUGCUCAGAGAUGUGCAGAGAGGUGGGCAUCGAGUGCCAAGAGGUUCCGGGCCACAGCAAGGGAGUCGGGUACCUUCAGGGCCAGAGCCUCGAGAACGUCCAAUCGGAUCACCUGUGGAACGCCGUGCUCCUGGGGGGCCAGUGGUUCCUGCUGGACGCCUGUUGGGGAGCCGGACGAGUCGACGUGCAGCGCGAGAGCUUCGUCAAAAGGUUCGACGAUUUCUAUUUCCUGACGGACCCAGAGGAAUUUGUGGAAUCGCACUUCCCCGAUGAGGAGAGGUGGCAGCUCUUGGAGGCGCCCAUUCCCCUGGAGGAGUUUGAGAGGAGGGUCUUCAAGACCUCGACCUUCUUCACCAUGGGGCUCCGGCUGAUUCAGCCUCAUCACUUUCACAUCGUCACGGAUGACGGCGAGGCCAACGUGUCCCUCGGCUUCUCCCGGACGGCGACUUUCACCUUCGAGAUCACGCAGCACCAGGACUUCCUGCACUGCGGCGCUGCGGAGCAGAAAGAGUCCGGCGGCUCCUCCCCCUCCGGCCUCCUCACGGUGUCCCGCCGCGCCAUGAAGCUGCGGCUGCUGCCGCCCGCGAGCGGCGUGUACGACGUCAAGCUGUUCGCCCGCCCCGAAGCGGCCACCACGCCCCUGAUGUGGGUCUGCUCCUUCACGGUCGAGUGCCCGACCCCCAGGGCCAUGGAGGAGAUCCCGGAGAACCCCUUCCUGUCCUGGGGCCUGCGGCCCGCGGCGGCGGCUCUGGGCGUGGCGGGCAGCAGCCAGGGCAGCGAGGCCGCCGAGGCGGAAGAAGGCGUCUUCCGGCUGGCGCUGAAGACGUCCCGGCCUCUGAUGGCGCUGUGCCAACUGGUCCACCCGGCGCUGCCGGCCGCCGUGGCCAAACGCUGCCUGGCGACUCAGAUCCAGCCGGACGCCCUGAGCUGCCACGUCCUGUGCCCGGCGCGCGGCUUCUACCGCCUGUCGGUGUUCGUGCGCGACUACGAGAAGACGGACGACAAGUUCCAGAACGCCGGGAACUUCCUGUUGCGCUGCGGGGGGAAGGUGGUGGCGCCGGAGGAGCUGUACCCUCCCGACCUGGGCUCGGCGUGCGGCCCGGGGACCCGCACGCUGGAGGCGGGGCUGUCCAAGUUCAGCCACGCGACGGCGCUGGUGAGCACCCAGCGGGGCGAGUGCAACGUCACCUUCCACAACCAGCGGGACCUGGAGCUCCACGCCGUGCUCGGCCGGGAGGAGGGCGACCCGCCCGGCGCCCCGCUGGCGCGCCAGCUCUUCAGCACGUACACGGACAGCAAGGUGACGGUGAGCGUGCGCCUGCCCGACGCCGGCGUGUACCGGCUGGGCCUGUACGCCAAGGUCGCCCCCGGCGGAGACUUCAGCCCCAUGUGCGACUUCGUGCUGAGGAACAGCUGCGAGCGGCCGGGGGCGCCGUUCCCCGCCGUCUACUCGGCCUGGAGGAAAGGCUGCGUGCUGUUCGAGCCGCGCGCGGGCCUGCUGGAGGCCCGCGCCUGGGUCCGCUUCAGGGUGAGGGUCCCCGGGGCCCGGAGGGUGAGCGUGGUGGGAGAGACGGGGACCGAGCUGAAGCUGAACAAGAGCAGAGUCUGGGAGGGGGAGGUGUUCAGCGGGAACGGGCCCCGGCCGCUGAAGCUGGCCGCCGCCCUGGAGGAGGCCGGGGACAUGGCUGUGUUAUUGACCUUUGACAUCAAGCAGCUGGAGGGAGACGUGUGACAAACAGAAGGCGGGCGGGGAGCAGACGGGUCGCUCUCUGAUCACAGCUGCGUCGUGAAGUUAUCGAUACGGACGAAUAAAUCGGACAAAAAUAUUUGCUAACUAGAAUGGGCACUCGGUAGAGCGCAUACCUUCGCAUAUCACAAGAUUGGGCAUUAAAUUAUGAACAUUUUGGCAUUAGUUGCAUGCCAAUUGGAUAAAUAUUUACCGUGCUAUGGUAAAAAAGAAGAUUUUGACCUUUCCAUGACCUUGACCUUUGACCCGAUCGAUCCCAAAAUCUAAUCAAAUGGACCCCGGAUAAUCACCAAUCAUCCCACCAAAUUUCAUGUGAUUCUGUUUAAUACUUUUUGAGUUAUGCAAGUAACACGCAUACAAAUAAAUAAAUAAAUAAAUACACGGCGAUCAAAACAUUACCGUCCGCAUUUUCAAUGUGACGGUAAUCAUCCAAACGGUGAGCGCCGAUCCUUCAGGUGUAACGGCGUGAACACACACGGUCACCAUGAGGCGAAUGGAAACUGAAUUUGAGAAACGGUUGGGUGAAUGUGUAAACUUUGGAGCGAUGAAGUGAUGAGAAUGCAAAACCAAACUCACCUGGCAGUUGUUUUAGAUUUUUUUUUCAAGCUCUUGUUUGCCGGAGGUCGUAUUCAGUCGCGAGACUACGGAGCUGAGCCGUGAUGUCACACAGAUCAAGAGUGCAUUUGUGCAUUAUUUUGAUGAUUUGAGAAAUAAUCCUGCAUUAUGAAAUGAUGGUUGUGAAAAAAGCGUGCAAUAAAAAUAUACUGUGGAGAAAAAAAAAUCUUAA